AUGAAUAUAGAGUGGAUAAUUCAAACUUAUAAUUAAGUGAAUAACCUAUUCAACUAUGUCAUGGCAUUUUUAUUGCUUUUUCUUUCUUCUUUUAUUUUUCACUAAUCUUUAUCGAAAUUAAAUCAAAAUAAACUCUUAUAUUUACAAGGGUAGAUUCAGAUGUUAGUGUAGAUGAAACUCAAAGAUAAGAAAAAAUCAAAUAAGGCAUUAAAUUUUUAUCUAGGAAAUUUCUCUAUAUUUAAAAAAUCAUUAAAAGUAAGUUUUAUUUUAUAAUAUCUAGUUUAUUCAUGAAAUAUUAUCCUUCUUUUAUACCAAUCCUUUCAACAAGUUAAAGAUAUUUAUAAUUAUCAAUUACAAUAAGUUUGUUAAUCUCAUUCUCAUUUUUCGAGAUAUCUUUCUUAGAUUAAAUUACAAUAUAUUCAAUUUUACUUAUAAAUUGUGGAACCUUCCUAUUUAUUAUAAUGAUUUUAAAGAUAUUGCAAUCAAUUUGCAUAUUUAAUGGAAAAUGGAGUAAUUUUAUUGUUAUUAUAUAUUUACUAAUACAUCUCUUUUUUUAUCUGGAAUUUUAUUCUUUAAUUGA